GAAACUUCCAUAAUUUAUCUUUAGACGCCGCCCCUCUCUUUCUCUUUAAAACACACGCCGAACCCUAGACUUUUCAUAAUUUAUCUCAUUCAUGGGUACGGAGAGAAAGAGGAAAGUCACCUUAUUCGAUGUCAUGGACAAUCCAUCAGCUCCGAAGGUCGCCAAAUUCAAUGGUCUCGGCGACGUUGGAAUCAACAAAUGGAACGGGAAACCGUAUUCAGCUAAGUACUACGAGAUACUUGAGAAACGGAGGACUCUGCCAGUGUGGUUGCAGAAAGAGGAGUUCCUCAGUACGUUAAAAAACAAUCAAACGAUAAUUCUCGUUGGAGAGACUGGUAGUGGUAAAACCACUCAGAUUCCACAGUUUGUUAUUGAUGCUGUUGAUGCUGAGAGUUCGGAUAGGAAGUGGUUGGUUGCUUGCACACAGCCUCGUAGAGUUGCUGCCAUGUCUGUGUCCCGUCGUGUCGCUGAUGAGAUGGAUGUUGCUAUUGGGGAAGAAGUUGGUUACAGCAUUCGUUUCGAGGAUUGUAGCAGCCCCAGAACGGUCCUCAAGUACUUGACUGAUGGUAUGCUUCUGAGAGAAGCAAUGGCAGACCCUCUUCUAGAGAGAUACAAAGUGAUUAUUCUCGACGAGGCUCACGAGAGAACUCUCGCCACGGAUGUACUCUUUGGUCUUCUGAAAGAGGUGUUGAGGAAUAGACCUGAUCUCAAGCUGGUUGUCAUGAGCGCAACUCUAGAAGCCGAAAAGUUUCAAGAGUAUUUCAGCGGCGCGCCUCUGAUGAAGGUUCCCGGUAGGCUUCACCCCGUGGAGAUCUUCUACACUCAGGAGCCUGAGAGAGACUACCUCGAGGCUGCUAUUAGGACUGUUGUGCAGAUACACAUGUGCGAGCCUCCUGGUGAUAUUCUUGUCUUCUUAACUGGAGAGGAGGAGAUCGAAGACGCAUGCCGCAAAAUCAACAAAGAGGUCGGUAAUCUCGGCGAUCAAGUGGGGCCUGUCAAAGUCGUGCCACUGUACUCGACUCUCCCGCCAGCGAUGCAGCAGAAGAUAUUCGAUCCUGCUCCAGAGCCUGUGACAAAAGGUGGUCCUCCUGGGAGAAAGAUUGUGGUGUCGACCAAUAUUGCCGAGACCUCUCUAACCAUUGAUGGGAUUGUCUACGUCAUUGACCCUGGCUUCGCCAAGCAGAAGGUCUACAACCCCCGUAUCCGUGUUGAGUCAUUGCUUGUGUCGCCGAUAUCAAAGGCGAGCGCUCACCAGAGAUCAGGUCGUGCCGGUAGAACGCGGCCCGGAAAGUGUUUCAGGCUUUACACGGAGAAGAGUUUCAACAAUGACUUGCAGCCGCAGACGUAUCCUGAGAUAUUGAGGUCGAACCUUGCGAACACGGUGCUGACACUGAAGAAACUGGGGAUAGACGACUUGGUGCACUUUGAUUUUAUGGAUCCUCCUGCGCCUGAGACACUGAUGCGAGCCUUGGAGGUUUUGAAUUAUUUGGGAGCACUGGAUGAUGAAGGAAACUUGACGAGGACGGGUGAGAUUAUGAGCGAGUUCCCCUUGGAUCCGCAGAUGGCAAAGAUGCUGAUUGUCAGUCCUGAGUUCAACUGCUCAAACGAGAUCCUCUCCGUUUCGGCAAUGCUAUCAGUACCGAAUUGCUUUCUACGGCCUAGAGAGUAUCAAAAAGCAGCAGAUGAAGCUAAAGCCAAGUUUGCACACAUUGAUGGAGACCACCUCACGUUGCUGAACGUCUACCACGCUUUCAAGCAAAACAAUGAAGACCCGAACUGGUGCUAUGAGAACUACAUCAACAACAGGGCAAUGAAGUCUGCGGACAAUGUUAGACAGCAGCUGGUCAGGAUAAUGUCAAGGUUCAAUCUGAAGAUUUGCAGCACUGAUUUCAACAGCCGCGACUACUACAUCAACAUAAGAAAGGCCAUGCUUGCCGGUUAUUUCAUGCAAGUGGCGCACCUAGAACGCGCUGGGAGUUACUUGACCGUCAAAGAUAACCAAGUGGUUCAUUUACAUCCAUCCAAUUGCUUGGAUCACAAACCGGAGUGGGUAAUCUACAACGAGUAUGUUUUGACUACAAGGAACUUCAUCAGAACUGUGACUGACAUUCGCGGUGAAUGGCUAGUAGACGUAGCUCCUCAUUACUACGAUCUUACCAACUUCCCCAACUGUGAGGCGAAACGUGUCCUCGAGAAGCUUUAUAAGAAAAGAGAAAGGGAGAAGGCAGACAGCAAGAACCGCAAGUGAAAGGAUCGUCGUCAUCCGAUGUUUUGUCUUUACUGAAACGUUUGUUUACUUUAAUUGAUUUUCAAAUGUGUUAUCAAUGAAUCUGACUAUUUAAGACCAGACACACACAAACGUUUUUACUUAAACUAGUCGAAGUUAUCAUCAUUCUGCGAACA